UCUCGCCGAUCGUAUUAGAUUUCCUAUCUAAUUUGGGAAUAUUGAAUAUUCGAUCAUUCCGGCACGGAUAUUACGUUGCACGCAUCGCCGCGGGCGUGUUAUUUCGAGCCGCGCAGUUCCCCGGCGAAAGCUCGGCAGCGCCGAGGGAGACUUCGAGAUACAUUAGUCAGAAUUCUGAAGUUGCCGCGCGCUAAUCCGCCGCGCCCGCGGCCGAAUUGACGCGCGUUACAAUUGCGACGAGAGGACGACGCGUGUCGAGUUGCACCGCGCGUAUUUCCCGCGUGAAGCGCGCGUCAGGCGUUCUCGAGGAUCCGGGCUGGCUCCUCAGGUCUGUUCUUUUCAUCGGCUAGCCGAGGUAGCCUCGCGCUUUUUGCGCCCGGAGCGAGGCGAGUGUGUCGCGUUAAAGGGGAACAGGAACGAAGUUCCGGCGCAGCGCUGCUUUAGUAGCGCCAAGAAGAGCAGGCCUGUCCUUUCAAACUCGUCCUGGGAACGUCCUACUUUUGUCGGGCUCGUUGUCUGUCGGGCGCCUUUCAGCCGACGAAGGACGACGCCUUUCAGACACGCGCGGUCUUUUAAUUCCACUCCCAUCUCGUUUUUUCCGUCUCUCUCCUGCCGCUCCUCUCUCUCUCUCUCUCUCUCUCUCUCUCGUUUUAUUCCCCAGCCGAGAAAUAUCGGUUCGAUGAAGACGCAUCGUCAUAGCAACCAAACAAACAAGCCGGCGCACUCGAGGCACGUAUCGAAUUUGUCGCGCGACUGACACCGUCUCGAAAGGGCGGCCGCCGCCGUGGCCUCGGCGUUUUCAUCGCUCCUUCGCAGCCGCGCAUCCAGGAGGAUGAUCGCGCCGCCGUCGUCGAGGACGCGCCGCGACUUACCGAAGUCUAGGAGGUAUCCCUUCGACGUGCUCGGCACCGCGAACAUAUCUUACGGGCACAGGUUAGCGGAGUGCGCGGGCCGGCAUGUCGCAAAGUGCCAUGCAAAUUCGCGCAAAUCCGUCUUCGAGUGCGCCGAGGAACGGCCGGAGGACAAGAGGGAAUACGAGCGCGCCCUCAAGACCGCCGAGUUCGAGAAGGAGACCGAUCGGAAGAUCAGAAGCAGGAGUCUUCACCAACAAGCUCAACAAGGUGUGUCGGCGUACGAGGAGCGGCUGCGGCUGCGGCGGGCGAGGCUGCGCGACCUCGUGCGGUGCGAGGACUCGGGCCAGGCGCGGCAGCUGGCGGAGGAGGCGCAGCGCGCCGAGGACGCUCGGCUCGAGGAGAUGCGCGCGAUGACGGAGGAGCUGCGGCGGCAGCGAGAGCAGGAGCGCGGGGUGCUGGCGGCCGCGAAGCGGGCGCAGCAGUACCUGGCCUCGUGCCCGAGCGCUAGACAGGCGUACUCGAAGGGGUGCGCGAUGAACGCGAAGCGCGCCAACGCGGCGCAGAUCGCGGACCACGCGGCGAGGAGAUCGGCGGAGAGGGUGCAGCAGGAGCUGUGGCAGCGGGCGCUGCAACGGCAGCUGGAGGCGCAGGAGCUCCGAGAGUCGCGGCUGUCGGCGAGGCGAGCUGAGGCGCGCCAGCAAUUGGCUCGCGGCUUGGCCGAGCAAGUGGCCGAGAAGUUGGCGCUGGAGGAGGAGCAGAGGCGGCUCGAGAGGAGCGACGAGCUGGAGCAGCUGGAGCGGCAGCGCGAGGAGUCGAGCUUGCUGGAGUCGCGGCAGCUCCAGCUGCGUCAGCAGCAGCGGCAGGAGCUGCGCAAGGAAAUGCAGGAGGAAGUGCUGAGGGCGCAACGGCAGCGAGCGGAGCGCGCUCGUGAGGAAGUCGCGUCGGUUACUGCGGGCGAGUUCAUAAAGGACAAAUCGACAAAGGACCCUGCGACGCUCCGCACCGAGUCGAUGGCCUACGCCGGCUACCUGAAGGACCUGCGGCGGGACGAGGCGAGACGAGAGCGCGAGGCGGAGGCGGCCAUUGAGCGCUCGCGCCAAGAGCUCGAGGCGAAGCGCGAGCUCGCGCGCAGGAGCCUGAAGGAAGCCCGCGAACGCGGCCUGCAGGAGGUCCUGCGCGCUCGGGAGGAACAGGUGAGGGCGCGGCGGACCGCGGAGGCGGCGGAACAGCGGCUGAGGACGGAGGAGAGGGAGGCGCUGGAGAGGCAACUCGAGAGCGACGCCGAGCUGGCCGCGGCGCGGCGGCAGGGGGACAGACAAAAGGCGUAUCGUUAUGGGCUGGAGCUGGAGGAGCAGCGGCGGCAGCGUCUCGUCGCGGCGGCGGAGCGACGCCGCGAAUUGGAGGAGCUGGAGAACCGGGCGGCCGAGGAAGAGAGGAUGCGGCGAGCGGCGGAGACGUGGUGCGCUUCCGGAAGGAUCGUGCGCCAGCCGCCCUGCUCAAUCCCCCCUUGCCGGCGGUCGUCUGAGGAAUGCCGGGCCGGCGGUAGUCGCACGCCGCGGGAAGGACGUUCCGGCGGCCCUCCGCUUUUGAUUUCCGCGUGAAUUUUAACGUCGCCCUCUUCCCUGCAAACUUCUCCGACAACACGACAACGAGCUUGCCGAAUGCGUUCGUUGAUCGCGUGGGAACCGUUCUUGAAGGAUCAUAGCGGACGGUAAGUGAUGCGUAUGUGUGUGCGCGCGUGUAUAUGCGUGUGGGUGAUCGAUUAGCGAAUAGAUACUAAUAAAUCUAUGAGUUUGCGCAAAGGUCGAAGAUGCACGUCAAGAUUGAACGGACGCUUGAAGAUGGAUGAUUGUAAGGACGGUGGGGUGAUGUGAAAAAGAGCACCGAGACGCGACUUUGACCACCGAGGGAUGAAAAUUUCCCCGCAUAUUCCGGUCGGUGCAGCUGCAUGCGUGCGUGCAUGUGUGUGUGUGUGUGUGCGCUUGCACAAUUUCCAUUCAUACCACCGGAACGCGUGUCAAACACGAGGCAUUGACAGAAUUUAAUAACAUGCAUAACCCACAAAAUUAUAAAUGAUAUCGUGUAACAUUUUGUACCUCUCUCUCCUCCUCCUGCCUUCUCUCUCUCUCUCUCUCUCUCUCUCUCUCUC